AUGGCCGAACCCCGCCUCAAAGCCACAAUCUUCGUCGGCGGCCUCGACCCAUCCAUCACCGCCCCCCUCCUCCACGCCGCCUUCCUCCCCUUCGGCGCCAUCGCCUCCGUGCAGCUCCCGCGCGACGACCGCAGCACCGACCCGCACCGCGGCUUCGGCUACGUCGAGUACGAGGACGCGGCCGACGCCGCCGCCGCAAUCGAUAACAUGGACCAGGCGCAGCUGGCCGGCCGCGUGCUCAACGUCGCGCAGGCGAAGCCGCAGAAGGAGGGAGUGGUGCUGGGGAGUAAGGUUGCUGUUUGGGAGCAGGAGAGCUGGCUGGAGAAGCAUGAGGUGAGUGAGGAGGAUAGAGCGGCAGCGCAGGGCGCGAAGGAGGAGGCGAUGGGCGAGAGGAGGGGCGAUCCGAUGCAGGGGCUGGAGGGGCUGGAUGUUGCGGGGCCGAAGCCGCAGUAG